CGCGGCGACUGGUCUCCCUCUCCGAGACGGCCGCGGUCAUUGGUCCCCAGGCGGUGACAAUUGAGGCGGGUAGUUCUGAUUGGGCGGGUGUCAUCAAGAGCCGCCAAUAGGAGAGCAGAGCGCCGCCAGCUGCUAAGAAUGGAGUCGCAACCUCUGGUUUCGGAGUUCGGCGUCGAUGAGACCCUCGUCGCGCCGCUGGUGGAACUGGGGAUCCCGGAGGCCGAAGCGCGGCGGGCUCUGGCUCUCACGGGCGGUCGAUCCGCUGAAGCGGCCGCGCAGCUUUAUUUCAGUAGCGGCCUCGAUUCCCAGGAAGAAGAUGAUGCCCAAGGCAGCUAUUACUUCAAGAUGGUCUUUGUGGUGAACAUGGAGCUGUCCAUGGGAACUGGAAAGAUUGCUGCCCAGGUGGGGCAUGCAGCAAUUGGCCUUUUCCAGCUGAUGCAGGAGAAGUCUACUCACAAGGACAUGAUUAGCCAAUGGGAGGAACAUGGUGCGAAGAAAGUGGUACUUCAGGGAUCCAGUGCUGACCAGUUGCUAGAACUGCAUGCCUUGGCUUUGAGCCUGGAGCUGCCAACAUACUUAGUGCAAGAUGCAGGAAGGACUCAGGUUCCGUCUGGGUCACAUACUGUCCUUGCCAUUAUGGGAGAAGAGGAGAUGGUGAAUCAGGUGACUGGGAAGCUAAAACUGCUCAACUGAGCAACGCUUCACAGCCUGCGCCUGUCAGCUGUGCUUGGAGUUCGUAGGCUGCCCUUCUCCCUGCUCUACUAGUGGGGAGGGAUCAGGAAGUACCCGCCGAAAGCAACUCAAGACCCAUCUGCAGAGCAUAGCAAAUGAAAAGGGCCGCUCUCCUUUGUCCUUGGCAGUAAGGGGGAGGCCAGCAGUGGGAGCAUCUAAGAGACGGAGUCUGUCUUUGCUGCAUUAUUUACAAACCACGUAAAAUGUUGUACAGAUGUUGCCUUGGCUUUCCUUUUGCACUGUGGGAAAACCAUGGGGUUUCCAGUCACUCCUUGCAGCAGAUGGCUAUUCAAGACCCAAAGCAUCCCUAACUGUUGUCUGUCUUGCCCUUGGGGCUUUUUAAGAAAAGGGAAGAUGCCACAAGUUUUGUAGACAACUUAUUCCAUUGCUUGUUGCUUAAGAAGAACAGUAGGAAAUCAUAGCUGCCCCCAAAUCUACCUUCCUCUUUGCAUCUUGCUCUAUCCUUAGUACGCAGUGGCGAACUCUUCCUCUUGGCAUCCUUUGGGUUAUCGUUUUUGAAGGACUUGAAAAAUAAUAAUUUAUGCUGGAGGACAGAAAAGCAUGUGCAUCCUGCAACCCUGUUUCGACCAGGUGGGGAAAGGAUGAGCAAUGUGAUGAGGAAGUGCUGGGCAAGGCAAGGAAUGGGGUCAGUGGGUUUGGGCACGAGGCAGAGUUUAGAGCCAUAGAGGGAAAAUGUAGCUUAGGUGGCAGGGAGACUGCCGUUUCUGCAGGGGGGUGGGCGGGUUACUGACAUUUGUGAAAGGUUCUCAACUGCUCUCCCUGCCCAACCCUCAUUCACACUUUAAAAGACUUGACUGUUCUUGCUGUCGUGGUAUUACAAUGUCCAGUGUCUAAAAGAAAUUUUUUUUAAUGUUAUUUUUGGUCCCAGUAAAAAAGUGUUACAACUGA